AUGGAUCUACUUUUCCCCGGACUCAAGGGAGCAAGGUCUACCCGAACACUUCGUCAGACCAUUGAUGUCAUUAAUACACAUAGUGUACUCUCUCAAAAGUUUCAGGGGGACUUUGAUGAGGUCAUAGAGAAGUUUAACCAUUUCCUCGCUGACGAUCUGACAAAAUGGAAUGGGAAUGUUGCUGAUGUCUAUUACGCUUUAGGGUUGGAUAACUUUCAUCUUUCCAAGGUCGCGCUGAUACCUGUUGCUGAAUUGUUCAAGCUAUAUGGUGAGGUGAUCUCCAGCGUUGAGAGGAAUAAUAAUCGAAACAGCCGUGAGGUUGAGAAGUUGUUGGAGGUUAUGGAUCUGUUGAUGGUGUUGAUACUCAGAUUGAAGGUUAGUAAUACAUACAUUCUACAAAGUUUGAUGUUAAAGAGUCAGCUCAUAUACUGGGAAGAUAUUCGUAACUCCACUCGUAACAAAUUGUUAUACACGGUUCAAACUAGUCCACUUAGAAUUUGGAAUUGGUUGAAAGUGGUCUACAGUCAUGUUGUACCCCAUGUUAACAAUUUUGGUACUGGAAUUAGAAACUGUCAGCUCCAUGAUCUUUCUACUGAUGUCUAUCAAGUGGGUUCGAUACUUGCUGAAGAAUUCCAUAAGGUGGUUCAUACUACAAAGCCCAUUGUAUCUAAAUUCGAAUUGUCUAAUUGGUCCAAUUGGGGCCAUUACCUAAAAGAAUUGAUAACCUUACCUAUUGCUAUUGUUGAUCUUGAGCUAACUUCGAAGGUUGAUCGUUUGAAUGGAAAUAUCAAGAACAAUUGUCAAAUUCUUAAUGACUAUUUUAUUCAUGAUGCAUCUAGCCAUACUUCAAAUGGUAGUGAAUCAUUAUUGAAACUUCUUAGCACCGAGACUAAUACAACAGAAACUGGUUUUGGACCUAACUCUAAAUAUGAUAUACUGUCCUCCUCGCCAAUAGUGGCAAUGUUCAAUGGUUAUCUUUCUCUCAUUGGUACUAUCGACUCGCAGUCUACUCCACCCCCUUCAUGGUUAACAAGACAUUGGCCUGUGGUAUUAGUGGCAUUAUUCUGGGGUCCUUCUACUAUUACUUCGGCUUACCAAAAUAGAUAUUAUAUCCUUGAAUGGAUCACGAAGAAUAUCGUUGACAGUGUUUACGGAUUCAUUACAAACUGGGUGGUGACUCCAAUCAAACAAAUGGUAGGUAUAUUACAGAAUGAUACCAAUGAUAUGAUAUCUAUUCUGUCAAAGGAAACCUUAGCUUCUGAUUUAGAUAGUUUGGAACGAAUGUUUAUUGAUUAUUUACAUGAUCAAGGAGAAGCUGUGAAUAUUAAUGAAGUUCAUCAAAUGGUUAAAAAUGGAGACAUGACAUUGAUUAUGAGUGAUUAUGAACAAAACAUUCGGUCUCCAUUACGUUCUAUGGUUAAGGGAACCUUGGUAAGAUCAUUACUCAUUCAAUUGCAAAAGACUAAAGUUGAUGGAGCAUUAGCCAUUAGUGGGAUUGAUAAAUUAAUCAAAUCACAACAAUUAGUGUUUGGAGUUGUUAGUAUUGCUCCUUCAAUGCUUAUUAUUUAUCAAGUAUGGAAUUGGUUAAGAAACAGUGAGUCCCGUAAGUUAAUCUUUGUUAACGGGAAACAAUUGAAUUUGGUUGUGGUUAAGUGUUUGAACAACAUAGAGAACUGUAUUUAUGAAGGUAAUGAUGGUGAAUUAUUUGUGGAAGUAAUGAAUUUGGUAUUACUUGAUAAUGGACAACCCAAUCAUUACAUUCCUAAAUUAUUACAACUGGAUUGGAUAACUGAUUUGACUGGACUCACCACAACAGAUAAAUACCCAACCAAACAGGAUAAAUUGCUUCUCAUGAAUAAGAUCUGGAAUGUUUAUGGUGGUUAUCUCCGGUAA